UAGAUUACUCCUUUCUGCCUGUGGACGCCGCCAAGUAAGCAUCGUUGAAGUCUCCCCUCCCACCACCAUCAUGUCUAAGUCAGAGUCUCCCAAAGAGCCUGAACAGCUGCAGAAGCUUUUCAUCAGAGGUUUGAGCUUUGAAACAACCGAUGAGAGUCUGAGGAGCCAUUUUGAGCAAUGGGGAACGCUUACGGACUGUGUGGUAAUGAGAGAUCCGAAUACCAAGCAUUACAGAGGCUUUGGGUUUGUCACCUAUGCCACUGAGGAGGAGGUGGACGCAGCCAUGAAUGCAAGGCCACACAAGGUGGAUGGAAGAGUUGUAGAACCAAAAAGGGUUGUCUUAAGAGAAGAUUCUCAAAGACCUGGUGCCCACUUAACUGUGAAAAAGAUUUUUGUCAGUGGCAUUAAAGAAGACACAGAAGAACAUCAUCUAAGAGACUAUUUUGAACAGUAUGAGAAAAUUGAAGUGAUUGAAAUCUUGACUGACCGAGGCAGUGGCAAAAAGAGAGGCUUUGCUUUUGUAACAUUUGACGACCAUGACUCUGUAGAUAAGAUUGUCAUUCAAAAAUACCAUACUGUGAAUGGCCACAACUUUGAAGUAAGGAAGGCUCUAUCUAAACAAAAGAUGGCUAGUGCUUCCUCCAGCCAAAGAGGUAGAAGUGGUUCUGGAAACUUCAGUGGUGGUCGUGGAGGUGGUUUUGGUGGGAAUGACAACUUUGGUCAUGGAGGAAACUUCAGUGGGCAUGGUGGCUUUAGUGGCAGUCGAGGUGGUGAUGGAUAUGGUGGCAGUGGGGAUGGCUAUAACGGAUUUGGUAGCGAUGGAAGCAAUUUUGGAGGUGGUGGAAGCUAUAAUGAUUUUGGCAACGACAACAAUCAAUUUUCAAACUUUGGACCCAUGAAAGGAGGAAAUUUUGGUGGCAGAAGCUCUGGCCCCUAUGGUGGUAGAGGCCAAUACUUUGCCAAACCACGAAACUAA